GUUCAUUUGAAUAUGGAAUCAAGAUAAUUAUUUAGGAGUUCAUAAUAAAAUGUAAAUUGGAGCAGUUAAAGAUGAUGUCGUCACACUUGGUUCGCGUAUUUUACCUCCUUCUCUUGGCACUAAUCGGCUGUAACGGUCUCAUCACUUCUGGAGAUGGAGCAGAGGAUGACAUUCACGUGAAAGAAGUUGAAAUCGGCGCUAAUCACGAGUUGAAAUGUGGAUGCAAUGACGACGACCACCGCUUCCAGUUCUGGGUGAUCAACAAUAACUUUGUCAUUGGUCCUAACAGUUACUUGUAUGUUGAUGCCAAUAAGUACAAGGGAGAUAUGCUCAACGGAAAACUGCUGAUAAAGGUGAGAUUCAAUCAAUAUAACAGUGAAAGGCAGGGUAUUUACACAUGUUUAUGCAAACAUAUGGACAGCCGCUCUUACCAUGUCAGAUCCACUGAGUUGGUAGUCAAGAGAGACUGGGAACAAGUGUAUGACAAUGAUAAAAAGACAAACACGUUCAGAAUGAUGCUCUUACUAGGUAUGAUGCUUCUCCUGGGAAUUCUUAUAUUCGUCCUGUUGACUUUGAGGAAUAACAGAUUAGUAUUUCUGAAGGACCUUGACGUGGGCGAGCCACUAAAUCUCGAUGAGGAGAAGGCAGGCACUUCUUAUGAGAGACUGAGGAAUUCUUCGACACAAUAUGGCGAUCAUAGAGCUAGUGUCUCCACCUACGACAAUAUACCUCUGGAUCGGGGCUUCCCUAAAGAGUUCCACACCAAUUCAUCUAUGCAGCACGUCUGAUUGACUCGAUAUUCAUUUAAUUCAUGAAGCUGAAGAUAAGGGAAUGAAAUCACCAUUUCAUCUAUGCUGCACGUCUGAUUCACUUGAUAUUCAUUCAUACAUAAGAUGAUGAGACAGGCUAACUUUCAUGUAAAUUAAUAAGACUUUAAUGAUCGAGAUUCAUAAUCGGAGGAUUAUGGUCAAGGAAAAUAUGUUUAUGAAUCAAAUGUAGUUAUAUAAUAGUUCAUGAACUUGAAUUUGAUAUUCAUUCAUAGAUAAGAUGAUGAGACAGGCUAACUUUCAUGUAAAUUGAUAAGACUUUUAAUGAUCGAGAGAGACUCUGUGAUUCAUAAUCGGAGGAUUGUGGUUAAGGAAAAUAUUUUGAUGAAUCAAAUGUAGGUAGUUAUAUAAUAGUUCAUGAACUUGAAAGCCCAACUUACUGAUUAGUUUAGGC